AAAAGUAAUUCAAAACCUCCUUUUUCGAAGGUCAAGAUGUUAUAUUGGAUUUCAUACUAACAUUUGACGUAAACAAAAAUUGAAGUAAUGGCUGAUACAAAACUAAAGCCUAUACAAUGUAAGGCGGCUGUUUGUUGGGAAGUUGGAAAACCCCUCUCCAUAGAGACUGUCGAGGUGGCACCACCAAAGAAAGGGGAAGUUCUAGUAAAGGUGUUAUACACAGGAGUCUGUCAUAGUGAUCUUAGUCUCCUAAAUGGAUCGCUAAAGAUCGGUCAGAUGCCUGUCAUCCUCGGACAUGAGGGUGCUGGUGUGGUAGAAAGCGUGGGGCCAGGUGUUACUGAUUGUAAAGAUGGAGAUCACGUGGUUAUGUUAUGGCUUCCACAGUGUAAUAAAUGUAAAAGUUGUAAGAGCGGCAAGACAAACCUAUGCGAUGAGUAUUUAGGUGGUACUCACGGCUUGGGAACAAUGUUGGAUGGAACAACUCGUUUUACUUGUAGAGGGAAGCAGAUAUACCAUUUUCUAAACUGCAGUACAUUCAGUCAGUACAUUGUAGUACCUGAGAUGUCGGUUUGUAAGAUUGAACCAUCAGCUCCUUUGGACAAGGUAUGUUUACUGGGGUGUGGAGUAGCUACAGGAUAUGGAUCUGCCCUCAAUACAGCUCAGGUCAAACCGGGUUCCACAUGCGCUGUUUGGGGCUUAGGAGCAAUAGGCAUGGCAACAAUAAUGGGUUGCAGAAAAGCAGGUGCUUCCCGUAUAAUAGGUAUCGACAUAAACCAAGACAAGUUCAAACAAGGUAAAAUUUUUGGUAUGACAGAGGGAGUUAAUCCAAAGGAUCAUGACAAACCACUCCAUGAAGUGCUAGCUGAAAUGACAGGAGGUGGCCUAGAUUAUACAUUUGAAUGUAUUGGAAACGUGAAAUGUAUGCAAACCGCCUUUGAAUCAACACAUAAAGGCUGGGGUAAAACCAUUAUAAUUGGCAUUGCACCGAAUACGCAUGAAUUUUGCACCAAACCAUUUAAUUUUACAAUGGGUAAAGGAAUUCUUGGAUCAUUUUAUGGAGAUUAUAAAGGUAAAGACGAUGUUCCAGGACUUGUAAAAAGUUACAAGAAUGGCGACGUGUUAUUAGACGAGUUUGUAACGCAUACAAUGUCAUUAGAUAAAGUAAACGAGGCAUUUGACCUCAUGCGGGAAUCUAAAAGCUUAAGAACCGUGUUAAACAUGUGGGAAUGAAGUGAAAAAUGAAGAGGAUAAAGACAAUACAUAGACUGUUUACAUAUUGAUAAACAGUAGACU